CCUCCUCUUCUUCAUUCCCCCCUCACACACAUAUUUCUCUCUCUCUCUCUCUCUCUCUCUCUCUCUCUCUCUCUCUCUCUCUCUCCCUCUCUCCACAUACACAAAAGCACAGAAUUGAGAGCUAGAGAGCACAUGCACGCAGGCCAUAUAUAGGUAAACUUUUGCAAGCAGAAACCAUUCGCUUGUAUAUUAUCUCCCAGCAGAUCUAGACGACAACAACAGAAACUCUGUAUGGAGCAAGAAGAGGUCGGUCUAGCCCUGGGCCUCUCCCUGGGCUCCGGCCCCUACCAGCUCAAGGAACAGCCCUCGCCGUCGUCGCACUCGGGCACGCUGCUGGAGCCGUCGUCGUUGUCGCUCGGCCUCCCAGCCAAAGACAGCCCGGCGGCACCGGUGAGGAUUGCUGCCGUGAAGAGGGAGCUGCGGAUGGAGGAGGACGACGAGGCCACCGACAGGGCGCUUUACUCGGUGGCGUCGUCGGCACUGGUGGUGGCGCCGGACGACGACGAAGGGUGCAACAGCCGGAAGAAGCUGAGGCUGACCAAGGAGCAAUCGGCGCUGCUGGAGGACCGCUUCAAGGAGCACAGCACCCUCAACCCUAAGCAAAAGGCUGCUUUGGCAAAGCAACUGAACCUGAGGCCACGGCAAGUGGAGGUGUGGUUCCAAAACAGAAGAGCCAGAACGAAGUUGAAGCAGACAGAGGUGGACUGCGAGCUUCUCAAGCGCUGCUGCGAGACGUUAACCGAGGAGAACCGCCGCCUCCACCGUGAGCUCCAGCAGCUCCACGCCCUCAACCACCCCCACACCGCUGCCUUUUUCAUGCCCGCUGCCACUCUCUCCAUCUGCCCCUCUUGUGAGCGCCUCACCGGAGUGCCUGCCGCCGCCGCCACCACCAACGGUGCAGACCGGCCCAAGCCGAGUGGCCCUGGCCGAGCAACCCACUUGUUCAACCCUUUCACCAAUUCUGCCGCCUGCUGAACGUUGUUUGCAUUGGCCCAUCCCUGAUUUAGGCAAUAGCAAAUCAUUUUAUCAUUAUAUGUAUAUAUACAUAUAUUUUUAUCUAGCCAAUUCUAUCUCUGCACCAGCUAGCGAUAAUUCGUCAUACUAGUAUAAGUGAUGAUUGGCUAAAGAUAGCACAUAUUCUCCUCCCCUCCCCUUUAAUUCAUCAGCUUUGUUUUUUCACAAGCUAAUGAAUUAUAUUACUAGCGUGUGAGGAGGAUUGAGCACCACGCAUGCAUGCAUCUAGGAAAAAGAAAUGUCUUGUUUGGUGUUGUUGGUGUAGCUAUAGCUUUAGUAGUUGUUACUGAUGAAUUUCUCCUUUUAUUAAUUGUCAGUCAGGGAAGUAUCAUCAUUAGAUGAUGAUGACAUGACACCACAGACGCAUCCCAGUUUAUUUGGAUGUUGAUUCAUGUAUAUAUGCCGCCUAUGAUGAUGUCUCUGUUUCACCAAUUCAAUAAUAUAUAUUGAUUUGUUUCGAAAAA